CGUCCCCCCCCCAAUCCGUACAGCCGGGCCGGGGCGCGGCGGCGCGCACGUGGCGCGGCGGGAGCGGGGCCGCGCACGCCGGGCGCGGGGGGACGGUACAGGCCGCGACGGGCGCGUCGCCGCCGCCGCGCCACUGUUGUUGUUGCUAAGCGGCUGCGUUCCGGCCGCCGUAGCUCAAGACAAAAGGAAAAGAGGAACAUCCUAAAAUGUCACCUGAAGUUGCCUUGAAUAGGAUUUCUCCGGCGCUCUCACCCUUCAUUUCCAGUGUAGUCAGAAAUGGAAAAGUAGGACUGGAUGCUACUAAUUGUUUACGGAUUACAGACUUGAAAUCUGGCUGUACAUCCUUGACCCCUGGACCUAGCUGUGAUCGGUUUAAGCUACAUAUCCCUUAUGCUGGAGAAACACUCAAAUGGGAUAUAAUUUUCAAUGCUCACUAUCCUGACCUGCCACCAGAUUUUAUUUUCGGAGAGGAUGCUGAAUUUUUGCCAGAUCCGUCUGCCUUGCAUAAUUUAGCUUCUUGGAAUCCUUCAAAUCCUGAAUGCCUCUUGCUUGUUGUGAAGGAGCUUGUGCAGCAGUAUCACCAAUUUCAGUGCAGCCGAUUACGUGAGAGCUCUCGUCUCAUGUUUGAAUAUCAGACUUUACUUGAAGAGCCCCAAUAUGGAGAAAACAUGGAAAUCUAUGCUGGCAAAAAGAAUAACUGGACUGGAGAAUUCUCAGCUCGCUUCCUCUUGAAGUUGCCUGUAGAUUUCAGCAAUAUUCCCACAUACCUUCUCAAGGACAUGAAUGAAGAUCCUGGAGAAGAUGUUGCACUUCUCUCCGUCAGUUUUGAGGAUGCAGAAGCUACUCAGGUUUUUCCUAAGCUGUAUCUCUCUCCGCGUAUUGAACAUGCACUUGGAGGAUCAUCUGCCCUUCACAUCCCAGCCUUUCCUGGUGGAGGUUGUCUUAUCGACUAUGUACCCCAAGUAUGCCAGCUGCUAACAAACAAGGUACAAUAUGUUAUUCAGGGUUACCAUAAGAGAAGAGAGUAUAUUGCAGCUUUCCUGAGUCACUUUGGAACUGGUGUGGUGGAGUAUGAUGCAGAAGGCUUCACAAAGCUUACUCUCUUGCUGAUGUGGAAAGACUUUUGCUUCCUUGUUCACAUUGACCUACCCCUGUUUUUCCCUCGAGACCAACCAACCCUAACGUUUCAGUCCGUCUACCACUUCACUAACAGUGGCCAGCUGUACUCCCAGGCCCAGAAGAAUUACCCUUACAGCCCCCGCUGGGAUGGCAAUGAAAUGGCCAAGAGAGCAAAGGCAUAUUUCAAAACCUUUGUCCCUCAGUUCCAGGAGGCAGCAUUUGCCAAUGGGAAGCUUUAGACAGCCUUGGACGAGGAGGUGAUACUGGGCAGAUCCUUCAGUCUGCGUCAGCCUUCAAGAAGAAUGCCUGGAAAUGAGUUGGACUGUCUUGAUAGGUGCUUUCUUGCCUCUAAACUGGUUUUGGUAGCUUCAGGUUUUGUCAGAUUUCUGAAACAAAGACCUCAUUAGCAUGCUUAAAACUGAAUAUUUGGUAGUCCUCCUGCCUCAUUGCUUCUGCCACCACCAUUCCUUUAUAUAUCUACUGGAUUAAAUUUUAAAAGGCAUGUUUUCAUGUGGUAACAUUUUAUUGUGCCAACAACGUCCUGUAUGUUAUGCCUUGUUUCCUUGUCUUCAGAUGGUGUAAAUUGGAUUUUUUUUUCCCACAGAAAUGCUAUGUAAUUUGAGUAUUUAUUUAACAUUUCCAGCUUAUCCUAAGUAAAUAUAAAACUGCCACAUGUACCAGGAAUGCCUAAUGAACAGUGCCAUAUUCUGCCUUGGAGGUCUGCAUCUCACUAUGGUUGUUAUUCUCACAAUUAUGGGUAUGAGUUGCACAGUUCAAUUCUCAGUGCCUUUCAAGUUGGUCUGAUGUUAAUAUGGCAGGGUGUUAGAAGGUUUUUAAUAUUUCAGUCAAAAGCUCAUCUUAUAUGAAAUGUCACACUUUUAUGCUUUGUUUUUAUUUCCAGUUGUACAAUUUUGAUGUUUUUCUAAUGAAUUCCCCUUGGCAUUACGAGAAAGUCUUUUAGUACCAAUGUGCAAGGAACUAGUUGUAUAAAUCAGUAUAACAAAAUAAAGCUCUUUCAUAGACCUGUAAUUUUUCCAAGUAAGAUAAAUACUGCUAAGAAGCAAACUUUCAGCAAAGGAAUGAAUGAUGUCUUGGAAAAUAACUGAUGAAAUAAUACAGGGCUAUAGGUAUUUAGCUUAACGUUUAAGUUCAAUAUGCCUUCUCAGAAAUAAUUUUAAGUGUGUGUAACUGGAAACAUUGCUCCCCCCCCCCAAUCUGAAAUGCCAAAUGCAAAAUCCCACCUAUUCAUCCUUUCCUUCACUGGUCAGGCGGAUCAGUUGGGUCUAACUGUCACGAUGUCACUUCCCAAAUUAAUUUGUACAUAGACCAGGGUACUUUCCAGUAAGGAAUAAAAUUAACUGUGUGCAUCGCUUAUAAAUGGCAUAUGGAAAGUGUGCCCUACUUCUGCUAAAUGUAAGGAACUAAAUGAAUAAUAUGCAGAUGAUACAAUGGCACUGGAAAACAUUUAAUUUGAAAUUAUUUACUGUAGCACUACUAUCUGCUUAUGCCAUAAAAUCUCAUCAAAUUACUUGAUUGGCAGUAUUCUUCUGCUCUUCCUAAAACUUCUUAUUUUACAUUAAAAUAGUGCUUUCUAAGGGUAUGUCCACCUAGGAAAUGUAGAUGAGUUGUGAGUAGUGAAGCUUAAUAAUUAAGAAUUAUGCAAAUAAUUUGCCUCUAGAAACUACAGGUAUUUUUAGCUAGUUUAUAGGCAAAAUUAUAGUUUAAGUCUAAUACUGAAGUUCUUGGCUGGAAAUUAAGUUUCAAACAAAAUCAGAAGCCUUAUUGCAAAUCAGUGGAGGAUGGGGCAUGUUGUCUCCUGUGACCCAUCCCUUUGUGAAUUCACUCUCUGAGAGUUGUAAAUGGCUCCAAAGGUCUGAGGCUGAAUUCCCUCUGUAGGAGCAUGGCUUUAGGCCAUUGGAUACAAACGUGGACUUACAGCAGAUGUGUAAAUGACUGAAAACACUGGCAUCUGCAUUUCUUCAAGUAAAAAUCAAAGCUACACACAUAUACCCAAGAAUUAACUCUUAUGAGUGGGUUGAGAGAAGGAGGAUGGCUAAUGAAAUACGUUUCUUCUCAUAGUGUUCAAAAUCUGAUAGAAACAAUCUCUAGCAUCUUUUAAAGGUAAAACCCAAACCCUCAAGUUGCAUCAGUAGAAUCCCAAAAUCUUACAUUUUAUUAAACAGCCUUGUGUUUGAUUCAGUGUUGUAGUGGUUGCCCCAUGAACACAGCGUUUGCUUUAUAUACCCGAUUGUCCAAGUGGCACAAGUAUCUUUUUAAUUUUUUCAGAGUUUACCGUGAUUCAAAGGCUACUAGUUGCAAAACUUUUCAAAAGAGGGUCUGCUCUUCAGAAUUAGUAUGCAUUUUCAACCAAAAAUACUUCUUUUGCCUCAGUCCUUGUAAUUUUGGACAAAGAACUGCUUUUUUACUAUUAAAGGAUAAGAGUUUUAGAAGCCAUGUAAGAAAAUACAUAGGGGAUAUAAAAAGCCUAAACCAACAAUUCCUUCUGUUGAAUUCAAUAGUUUCACCUACUUUUCAGUAGCAGAUAUGGAUACAAACCAGUGGUUUCAGUCUAAUUUUACAUUAUGCUGCAACUGGUAGGAAGGAAGGAAGGAAGGAAGGAAGAAGGGAAGAAGGGAGGGAGGGAGACUGCUGAAUUGUUUGUGUUUAAUAUAAAAUCUGCAAGCCUAUCAAUUUUCAGAUGAGAAGAAAAGGUGGUUUUCCUACACCUAAUGAACAUUUUCUUUAUUUUAAAGCAACCCUGCACUCUUUGACCUGUACAGUAUUUAAUGGAGCCCUUCCUGAUAGUUGUUAAAAGAAUGUAUUUGGAAUAUUAGCGCUACAAAUGGUGUACUGGUAGGAAAUACAUGGAAAUGAGUGAAUUAUUCUCCCCAGAAAGACAAUUACCAUGUAAUACUACAUUGGAAAAGAAAGUUAGUUUGAAUAAUUUUAUAUCAAAUCAAGUAUUUGUUGAAGACAUUUAAAUUAGCCACAAAAAUGGUAAUCUAAUAAGUUGGUGAUAUUUCUCUUAUCUCCUAUUCUAUGAAAAUAGCCAUUGUGGCCAGUUAAUUGGCAGCAAGACUUUCAGUGCUUUCAUUCCUAUUAAGUGAUAUAUGCAAUUAAAAGGAACAGUCAGACCUGGACUAGUUUCUUUGAUUUAUUAGAACCACAAAAUAUGGGAGAAGAAUAGCUAUAUUACGAACAUAUCGAAAAACCUAAAUCCUUCUCUGUCAUAACUUCGAUUUAAAGAUCGCAGUGAGUCUCUAGUUACUAAGCCCCACAAAUGCUUGAUUUUCCAAAGGUCCUUGAAGUGCAAACUGACAGUCAAGGGUUUAUUUAUCUGCAUACAUAAUCCACUGUGCUAGAAGUAAUACCAAAUCUUAAGGAUUCAAAGUUAUACUUCUUGUGAACUUGCUGGAAAGACUGGACAAACAGCUAGAAGAAUAAAUACAAGAUAACUGUAUCAUAUGUGGUUUGGCCUUCAUUAAUCUUUCUGUUGUGCUCUUCUCCCGUUCAUAGAUGGAGCAGACUUGAAUCAGUUUUUGAGAAGAAAUCACAGCUGGAAUUAGCGUGGAUCUCCUAUGCCUUGUUAGACCCUCACUAGGCAGUGAGGUCUAUCUUUCCUUCCUCUCAUUCUGCCUAGUGCUUAUGGCAAUAAGCAUCUUGGAUGAAUCAUUUGGGAGAGGAGAUUUAGCAAUGAAGUGCAGUACCUUAAGUCUUACUCGAGGUAUUUUACACAAAGAAGGUUCAUAACUGGGAGAGAGUAGGUGUGAGUAGGUCUCCAUCGAGCAGUGCCCCUUAAUACAAGGCUUAGAGUUUAGCAAAGGUCAGAAACCUGUUUAAGUGGUGAGUACGUACUGCUACUUGGACGUCCUCCUCCUCCUGCAUCAGUACCCUUAACAACUGGAGAAGCAGCAAGCAGUAGAAACCCAUAAUAGCAUGUGAGGAUCACCCCUGCAGGUCUCAAAUACGUUUCUAAUAGCAUGUCUACAUGGCAGUGGUACCUGGAGCUGAGGGGAUAGUGUCCUCUGUCACUGGAGAAGGGGAGUUUCUCACCUUUCCAGCUUUGUGAGAAAGGCGUGCUGCAGGGAGGUAACAAGCUUUGGACACAGCUUCUGACCAUGACUGUUAAUUACAGUGUGCUGUCCCUGCCCUGUGAAGCAAAUGAAAUCUGUGACCAAACUGACGUGCCAAUGAACACUCUUCCCUUAAAUUACUUACAUCUCUCUAAUUGAUGUAUUGUAACAUUCAUUAAACCUAAAGGUUACACUGUUUCUUACUUCUUAAAUGUUACUGAAAAUCCCUUAAGUCAUCUCAUUUUUGGUUUUUAUUUUCAGGUAUCUGUAAUGUUCUUGGACAAUUUUGUUUCAUCCUGACUAGUUACUGCUAUUUUUAGCAAGUUUGAGCUUUAUGUUUUAACAAGACAGACCGUAGUUGUUCAAAGUAUGUGCCAGCAUCAUAUGGACCUA